AUGUCUCUAGUUAUCCAAGAACAAGGUUCUUUCCAGCACAUUUUGCGUUUGUUGAACACUAACGUCGAUGGUAACAUCAAGAUCGUUUACGCCUUGACCACCAUCCGUGGUGUCGGUCGUCGUUACGCCAACUUGGUGUGCAAGAAGGCUGACGUCAGCUUGCAAAAGAGAGCUGGUGAGUUGACCCAGGAAGAAUUGGAGAGAAUCGUCCAGAUCAUGCAGAACCCAACCCAAUACAAAAUCCCAGCCUGGUUCUUGAACCGUCAAAAGGACGUCAACGACGGUAAGGACUACCACAACUUGGCUAACAACUUGGAGUCCAAGUUGAGAGACGACUUGGAGAGAUUGAAGAAGAUCAGAGCUCACCGUGGUAUCAGACACUUCUGGGGCUUGCGUGUCAGAGGUCAACACACCAAGACCACCGGUAGAAAGAGAGCUUAA